CCCACUUAAACACGCUAUCUUGAAUCAAUCAAAUUUUUCUUCAAUCUGUUCAAGAAAUAUCCUAAUUACCUAUAUUUUAUACCCCCACAAUUUUCAUUAUUCCCAUUUUUUGCCUCUUUUGUCAAGAUCAAGUUCAACCAGCUCCAGUUUGUAUUCUCAUUAUUUCUCUCCUUCAUCUGUCCCCCUCUGUCUGCAAUAUUUCAAGAAUCCAUGGAGGACUACAGCAGAUCAAGAUCAUACUCAUAUGGCGGUAACAUGCAGAUAGAAAAUUACUAUGGUCCUCCUCAAAGACCGCCGGGGCCGACCGGUUCCUACGAGCUAAGGUCUUACAGUGCUGCUUAUGCUCAGACACAGAUGGCUAACUACAACAAUAACUUGAAGCUCAAGAAAGACAAAAGCACUUCUUCUUGUAAGAAUUGGAGUCUGAGUGAUCCUGAGUUUCAAAGGAAAAAAAGGGUUGCUAGUUAUAAAAUGUACAGUGUUGAAGGCCAAGUCAAAGGCUCAUUUAGAAGAAGCUUUAGAUGGCUUAAGGAUAGGUAUACCCAAGUUGUUUAUGGAUGGUGGUGAUUUAAUGUUUGUAUCUUUUUUGUUUUGUUUAUUUAACAUCCUUAUGUGGAAAUUUGAAAUUUUUGGCAAGAAAAGUUUAUAGUUUGAUC